UCCCAGAAGCCUCUGUUCUCUUUUCUUCCGCAUGCGGAAAUUUUCAGUCGCAUAAUCGGAGUUCUCGACAGUUUUUAAUCCAUUAUUGGUAAUAAUCAAUACUCAACGAAAUGGUUAAAGGUUUUCAACGCUUUGUUGAGAGCGGCCGCGUGGCUGUUGUGAGCGACGGACCGUACCAAGGAAGGCUCGUCACGAUCGUAGACAUCAUCGAUCAAAACCGGGUUUUGAUCGACGGCCCGGCUCACAACGUGCCACGCGUACAAUGUCGGUUGGCCGACCUCCAUCUAACGAAAUUUAGGCUCAGAUUUCCGCGGACCGGAUCAACAAAAGUUGUCCGGAAAGCGUGGGCAGAUGCCCAAAUCGAUGAGCAGUGGGGGAAUACGAUGUGGGCUCGCAAAGCCGAAGCCAAAAAAAAGCGGGCUGCGCUAAGCGAUUUUGAUAGAUUCAAAUUGAGGAAAGCGAAACAAGUCCGCAAUAAACUUCGAACAGCGGCUUUUUACGGACUUAAGAGGUUGGCCAAAAAAAGUAAAAAAUGUUAAUUUUUUAAAUAAAAUAAAGUCGAACAUUUAAAAAAA